UGUAUACGUGUUCGCAAUGAAACUCGAUCUAUAGAAGCAUAUACGAUUAGUAAAAUGUACAAGUACAUAAUUGCAUGUGCUAUUUUCUUGUGCCUGCAAUUUAGCAGUGCAUCAGAUAUUUGCAGUACCAAAAGUAAUUGUGCCGAAUGUUUAAGUGAAUUUAUGUGUGUGUGGUGCGCGUCGACAGAUAAAGCGUUCGAUGAAAGGCGAUGUAUAGAAAAAGAAAAUUCCGAUGAUUGCCCUGAAAAGGAUUUGAUUAAUCCUAAAUCGCAUGUAAAAAUCCUCAGUGAUAAGCCUCUGCAAUAUGAAGUCAAUGUUGAACAGGUGCAGAUAAAACCUCAAAACAUUUCCCUUAAAUUAAGAGUUGGCGAAGAAUACAAGUUUAAAUUUGAAUAUGUUCGAGCGAAUAAUUUCCCAAUAGACUUGUAUUACAUGAUCGAUCAGUCGGCGUCGAUGGCCAAGCAUAUUGAACGACUUGCAGCUCUAGGGGACGAGUUAAUUGCUUUGAUGAAAGAUUUAACGUCUGAUUUCAAAAUAGGUUUUGGUUCUUUUGUGGAUAAAGUGACCUUACCGUAUUCCAGUACAGAACCCAAUAAAUUGAUAAAAGCGUGCGAAGGAUGUAACAGACCAUACAGUUUUAUAAACCACAUGACUUUGAGUGAUGGAGACGAUUUCGUUGAGGAGUUAAGUAAAACGUUGAAAUCUGGCAAUAUAGAUAAUCCGGAGGGUGGAUUCGACGCUUUGAUGCAGGCCAUGGUUUGCAAGGAAGAAAUUGGUUGGAGAGAUUCAGCGAGGCAUCUGAUCAUAUAUUCCAGCGACGAGAGUUUCCACAUUGCAGGGGAUGGUAAAUUAGCGGGUGUGGUCGAACCGAACGAUGCCCAAUGCCACAUGACUAAUCACGAAUACACCGAAUAUUCCAAAUAUGAUUAUCCUUCUGUAUCGCAAAUCGGCAAAGUUGCCUUGGACAAAGAUAUAAACAUUUUCUUCACGGUCGCUAAUUUCUCGGAGCACUAUGAAGAAAUCAAAAAUUUUAUACCGAAUUCGCAAGUAGAUAGUUUAAGGGAAGAUUCGAAAAUCAGCCAAAUGGUUGCUGAUUUCUGCAAGACACUAACGGCAAAUAAAGAUUUUAAGAAGAUCCAAGGAAAUGAAGGUGGCGAAGUAGAAUUCAAGAUUCUGAAAAUAUCCGGAAAUUGCACGAACACUGCGAACGGAGUUUGCGAGAACAUACACACCGGAAAUAAACUGGAGAUUGAAGCAAGUAUUAAACCGUUGCGUUGCUUGAAAAACAAGAUGCUGAUCAUAAAUCCCGGAGCUCCGAGUGAAAAAUUAACCGUAAACAUUGAUGUAACAUGCGAAUGCGACGAUCUUUGCAGCCGAGAAGAAAAGAGCGAAAAAUGCAACAAACACGGUGCACUUUUUUGUGCGACUUGCGAUUGCGACCAAAACUACUCUGGAAGAGAAUGCGAAUGCUUGGACACGGAAUUGCCAUCGAAAAACUCGACCGCUUGUGAACGCGACAAUAAAAUUUGUUCUGGUCGAGGGUAUUGCGAAUGCGGCAUAUGCAAAUGCAAUAGCGGUUACCAAGGAAGAUAUUGCGAAUGCGAUAAUAAUUCUUGCGAGAACAACUGCAGUGGAAAUGGCAUUUGCGAAUGCGGUAAAUGCAAGUGCAACCACGGUUGGUCGAGCAAAUCUUGCGACUGUCCUGUUUCUAUAGAAAGCUGCUCGUAUCAGAAAGAGAUUUGCAACAAUAAAGGACAAUGCAAAUGCGGCAAAUGCCAAUGCGAAGAAGGAUAUUACGGCACUUACUGCAACGAAUGCGCAAAUUGCAUUGAUUCCAGGUGUACUGAAAUUAAACCAUGUGUCGAAUGCACAGUCUUCAAUACUGGUAUCUACAAGGAUGAGUGCGAACAACAGUGCAGCAACUACAACAUAACAACAGUGGAUGAAAUAACUGAUGUCGAUUCUAGUACUGUUAAAGUAUGCAAGAUUGAAAUCAACGAGUGUUUGAUGAUUUUCAAAUACUUUCAAAAUAAACAAUACUCCAUCGAAGUAGAAUCGAAACUGAAAUGCAAAACUUUGGAUAUUAUGCGUAAUAUACACAUAAAUUUACAACGUAUUAAAUAA